AUGGAUCAAAAAAGUACAACAAAACGUAAAUGUCCCUCUCCCAGACAAGAAAUCUCACGUCCCAGGAAAAUGGCGAGAAAAUCCCUUCAUCAAGAACUAGAAGUGACUGAUUUCACAGAUAACACAAGUACAACUGAGUCCAUACCUCAAUGUCCAAAGACUUCCAGUGAAUUUACCUUUGAUGUCAUAAUGAAGGAUGAAGAGAAGUUCAAGUACUAUACAGGACUAACCCUUUCACAGUUCACGUGUUUGUGGGAGUAUCUAGGACCUUCCAGAAAUAAGCUAGUUUAUUGGAACAGUGACUGUGAAUAUCCUGACAGAUCGCCAACCAAGAGACCUAGACCAAAGCACAAACUUGAACCAAAAAAUGAACUGUUCAUGACACUCGUGAGGCUAAGACAUGGAUUUCUUGUUGAAGAUCUAUCAUACAGAUUUAAUGUUAGCACCUCUAUGGUCUCUAGAAUAAUUCUCACAUGGGUUCAGAUUUUGUAUAAAAGAUUUCUUCCUCUCAGAUCAAAAAUGUUCCCAAAUGCAUUCGAAGGAUCAAUUUCUGAUAAAGACAUUGUCAUCAAGUCUGGUUUUUUAGACCAUUUAGAGAAUGGUGAUGUAAUUAUGGCAGAUCGUGGUUUUGUAAUUGAUGAUUUACUAAUGACACGGGGUGCAAAACUUGUUUUGCCUCCAUUUUUAGGAGGAAGAGCAAAACUUAGUGCUCAGGAGGAGGCAAGCACGAAAGACAUCGCAAAACAUCGCAUCCAUGUAGAACGCACCAUAGAGAGAAUGAAAAAAUUUAGAAUUUUACAGAAAACAAUACCGUUGUCAUUAGAGCCUGAUCGGUUACCAAUCCAUCUGGACUACAUCCUAGCUCUGGAUUCUUUGGAGAUACCCAGAAUCCUGUUGUACAAGCUUCAAAUGAAGGAGUAA